UUUAUUGUCAAUUACUAUCAUAAGUAAUACAAUUCAAUUGAAAUAUUUGUUUUUUAAUUCAUAAUAUAUUUUUAUAUUCAUUUAAUUUGAAACGAUGACAAAACCUAAUGAAAAGCAAUUGAAUUUAGAAAUGGAUAAUAAAAAUUCAAUAAAUGACAGCAAAAAGAUCAGUAGUUUUCAAUCAUUAGAAAAAUUAGACUUAAAUAACUUGACGGUUAAGAUCAGAAAUAUGUCAUUCAGUUAUCACCGGAUUAAGAAAGGAGUGAACAUUUUGAAUAAUAUAAACAUGUCUUUACCUAACGGUGCUAUUUAUGGUCUAUUAGGUCCUAGUGGUUGCGGUAAAACUACUUUAUUGAAAUUAAUAUUAGGUUUAAAGACUGCAUCAAACGGCACGAUUGAAGUCAAUGGCAGACAACCGUUACACCCUUUAAAUAAUAUUCCGGGACAUGGGGUGGGCUUUCAACCACAGGAAAUAGCACUCUAUCCUGAGUUUUCAAUACGAGAAACGCUUAACUAUUUCGCACAAAUAUAUGGUAUUAAAGAUAGUGUUAAAAAUUUAAGAAUUGAUUUCUUAAUAGACUUUUUGUCGUUACCUAAUCCUGACAGUGCUAUCAGAAAUUUAAGUGGUGGUCAACAGAGACGAGUAUCACUGGCCGUUGCUAUUGUCCACAGCCCACCCAUUCUUAUCUUAGACGAACCGACAGUAGGUGUGGAUCCUAUGCUUAGAGAAAGAGUUUGGGAUCAUUUAGUAUCGUUAUCUCGUGAAGAGAAGACAACAAUUUUGGUGACAACCCAUUAUGUAGAGGAGGCCCGACGGGCACAUGUUAUCGCUCUGAUGCGUUCCGGUCGGCUAUUGGUUGAACAGUCACCCAAAUAUCUAUUAAAUUACUUUGGAUUGUCAUUACUAGAAGAAAUUUUUUUACGAGUUUGUCAAUCGGAUGAAAACCCUGACAAAGCAAAACAAGUGAUGCCUAAGAGUUUCAUUGAAACGACUGAACCGCAUAAAACUUCGCCAAUGAUUGUUAAGCCUACGAGUCCAAGACAACAGACUCUUGUUUUAAAACCAAAUCAUUGGAAACGCUUCAAAAGUCUGACCCGAAAAAAUUAUGUCCGUAUAUCUAGAAAUUUACUUGUCUUAGUCUUCCAGAUACUAAUGCCCACACUUUCAAUGAUAUUGUUUUGUAUAUGUAUUGGUCGACUGCCCCAUAAUCUCAAAGUUGCCGUCUAUAAUGAGGAAGACCUGUUUCCUAAUGGUAGUGGUCAGAGACAUGAAUGUCGAUAUAAUAAUUUUAGCCACUAUUUCAUUGACUCUAUUGAUAAGGAAAUAGUUAAACUGGUUUAUUACAAAACUAAUGAAAGUGCUAUAGACUCGGUUAAAAUUAGUGACACAUACGGAGCACUGGUAGUUGACCGGCAUUUUAGUAUAUCUCUGUGUCAUAGAAUGGAAGAUGAAAAUAAUGUACCGAACAGUACAAUUCAGUUUUAUGGUGAUCUGACUGAUAUCAAUAUAUUUCAAACAAUAUCAAGAGCUCUGUUUUCGGCACAGUUUCAAUUUAUCCGCAAAGUGGUCAUCGUUUUGAAAACUAUAUUACCAUCUAAUAAGACACAAAUGCUAAGACACGAAUCAAUGACGCCGAUGCUUAACAUUGCAGAUCCCAUCUACGGAGCACCAAAACCGACAUUUCGUGACUUUAUGACACCGGGAAUGAUGAUAACCAUUAUAUUUAUUUUGGCCGUCGGUUUAACAGCUAUUUCAUUUGUUACGGAAAAGAGGGAGUCGUUAUUGGAUCGGACACUCCUGACUGGUGUCAGAACCUAUGAAAUACUAUUAUCGCAAAUAUUUAUUCAGAUAUUCAUUAUAUUUGUUCAAAUAUCACUUCUAAUGGUUAUUAUAUUUCCCAUAUUUGAUAUUAAAAACAACGGUCCCUAUGAACUCAUUGUUUUCAUAAAUGUAUUGCAAGGAGUUUGCGGAAUGACUUACGGUCUAUUUAUAUCAACCAUCACUAGUGAUGAACAGUCGGCUUUAAUGGUGGCUUUUGGCUCAUUUUUUCCCGUAAUACUCAUGUCAGGUGUGUUUUGGCCAUUAGAGGGAAUGAUAUCAGGUUUGCAAAUAGUUAGCUAUCUUUUCCCGCAAACAUUAGCCGUUAUAUCGUUGAGAAAUAUUAUGCAAAAGGGGUGGACUAUUUUACAUACAUAUGUUUGGUUGGGCUUUGUUUCUACCGGUGCUUGGAUUAUGAUAUUUAUAAUCGGUUCGCUCAUAUUUGCUGCAAUUUAA